CUGGAGUUACCGCACCCGACACAGGCACAUUCUGAGAAUUACACCAGACGACGGGACCUAACGACCGCUGCACCGCUGUACCUGCACAUUACUGCUGUAGCUCCACCCCGCUCACCGCCGUACCGACAGUCCUACACGCGAUAGAAGCAACCUUCGAAGCUAGCACGAUCCGAUCGGCAGGAACUUUGCACGGUCCACCCGCACCCAGCCCCGGCCCGGACCUUCCAAAGCGGGGCCCCGGGCAUACUUGCACCGACCGACAAUCGGGAACGGCGCAUCUCCACCGGCACUCUGAUAUUCUGCGGUUUUGAGAACUCGACAUCCACACAGCAAUCUCACCAUGGCAUCGCAGAAAUCGCCGCUGGGUUGGUUCCCAGCUCUGUUGCUUGCCUGCGCGACGUUACCACAGUAUGCGGCUGCAGCUCCUUACCCGCAGCCAGAGCCACAGGCAAAUGUUCAAUGGGUGACCUCCAUCUGGACCGACACGUUGACGCAAACCCACACCAGCAUCUACAGCACUGUUGUUGCAGCUGUGCCCACGGGCGGUCCCGAUUGCGUUCCCAACACCAGUCUUGGCGAGUCAGCAUGCGGCAGCAUUUGCUGUGCGGCAUCGCAGAAGUGUCAAUACGCCGGCCAGUGCAUGGCGAAGGGUGCCAACGACCCCCCGUUCUUGGGCAGCACCUUGGUCGGCCACACUUACACCACCCAAUACAGCGCCCCUUACCGUCCUACCAGCGGCGCGACAGGAACCGCAGCCAGUGCUACAGCCAGCAGCACGGGCGGUGCGGGCGGUGGUGCGGGCGGUGGUGCGGGUGGUGGUACGGGCGGUGGUGCGGCCGGUGGUGAGGCCGGUGGCGGCACGGCUGAUACCGGUCUGAGCGGAGGAGCGAUCGCGGGUAUCGUUAUCGGCACACUCGCCGGUGUUGUUCUGCUUCUGUUGCUGUGCGCAUGCUGCAUCGUGCGCGGCCUGUGGCACGGUUUCCUGGCCAUCUUCGGCAUCGGAGCCGGCAACAAGAGGAGCAAGGAGACCGUCGUCGAGGAGGAGCGUUACGCUCGUCACAGCGGCCGGAGAGACUCUCACGGCUCUUGGUAUGCCGGCGCCGGUGGCGGUCGUCCCAGCGGGGCUGCUGCGCGCAAGGAAAGCAGCGGAAAGGGCCUGAUGGGCGCCGGAGCCGCUCUCGGUACGCUCUGGCUCUUGCUCGGAAUGAAGAAGGAUAAGAAGAAGGAGUCGUCGAGACGCAAGUCCAGGAGCGAGAACAGCAGCUAUUACUAUUCUGACUAUACCUCCAGCGGAAGCCCUAGCUCGUUCAGUAGCGAUAGACGAACUCGGCGCUCUGCACGCUCUGCCUCCGCUCACGGCGGUGCGGGUAGGACCAGAACAGCCAGCAGAGUGACUAGGACGACGACCCGCGUGUCGCGCGUUAGCUCCGUGCCUCCGCCUCCUCCUGGUCAACGCCGCAUUUCGAGAUCUCCCGGCCCUAUGAGGGGAUGAAGAACUCAGGUCCUAAUGCUGAACUGAUCCCUUGCAGCCGCACGCACUUCAUCUGUCAGGGCAGGCAUGCUGCACUGCAUGAGCCCCUAUGCAGAUGACAAAGCGAUAGCAAACAGCUAUCUUGCGAUUCCUCGUUUCUGUGUACAUGUCUUUUCUGAGUU